AUGCACACGAUGCCUGAAAAGCGCAGCGGCGACUUUCGUCUAGCGCCUUUUGAAGAUGAUUUGCAGCUCCGCCAGGUUCCGAAAAUAUUGGAGACCAAGAACAGCCCGCCCCAGCACUCUGCCGCAAAGCCAGCAAAUGCAAAUCACCGCCUAUGUCAUGACUGCUCCCAGUUUGACUUUCAAGCUGCUUUUGCAAGGGAUCCCAAAUUCCUUGAGGAUAGAGGCGUUUCCAUCGCCAUUAGUAGCAUUUCCAUCGCCACUGGUGGCAUUCCAAUUGCUAAUGUUGGACAACGUUUUCGGGCCCCUCCACAAGACGCCGAUUGCUUGCUGUGCGCCAUGCUAUAUCGAUCUCGUCUCACAUAUGAGCGUUGCCAGUACACAUCAUGCUCUCAUAUCGACAGAGGUGACGAGUUACGAGCAUACAUACUUGUGGAAACGAUAGACUUGGUCAACCACGGCUUAGAACGGCAAGGAAUCCAAUCUUUGGUUCCACUAAUCGUCCCGACGGCUUGUGCUGGAGGAUUAGGAGAUUUUAAACGACAUAUUAGCACUCAAGAAUGCCCCAUACUUCAGCAGGAUGUGCCAGGGAGUCUCUUCUUGGCUUGUCAACCCGCAACGAAAUUCGAUCCCGGUGCAGUUUUGUCAUGGAUGGAAUACUGUGAUUGCAACCACACAACACUCUGCCUGGCUCCCAAAUCCGAGGCUUGCAAGAUCAAGCUGCUCAACUGUGAUACCCUGACCAUGGAAGAAGCCACGGUUGAGAGCCGCUACGUUGCGCUCAGCUACGUCUGGGGUCAAUCCAACCCUGUCGGGGAUUAUGUCGUGCGCGAUGACAAUGGUAUACGGGUACUGCUGCCAAAGUCUCCAAAAGUUAUUUCUGAUGCAAUCAGCGCCACAAAAUCUCUUGGAUAUGGCUAUCUGUGGAUUGACAAAUUGUGCAUUGACCAAGAAAAUGCAAUUGAAAAACAUCAACAAAUACAACAAAUGGACGUCAUCUAUGAGCAUGCACAAUUGACCAUCAUUGCCGCUGCCGGUGAGGAUGAAACUCACGGCCUUCCGCGUGUGACAAGCGAGCAUGCGCCCUGGCCAGAGAAGGUUUCAAUCGGCAAUGAUCUCAGUAUAGUAUGGACAGCCACAGACCCGCACCAUGCGAUUCGGCAAUCCGUGUGGUCAACCCGGGGAUGGACCUUUCAAGAAGCAGUACUGAGUCGACGACGACUAGUAUUCCUCGAAGAUCAGGUCUACUUUGAGUGCAACGCCAUGAGCUGCUACGAGAGCACCUCCAAUCCCCUUGAUCGCCUACACGCCGUUAGCAAGGUGCACAUGGAUAACUGCUAUCGUGGGGGCGUAUUUGACAGAAAACACGCCGAUGUAUAUGGUUUCUUCGGCGUCGACUCCAUGCACCUUCCCAAACUCUACAGGUGGUAUAUCAGCUUGAUAGAGCAGUACACUGCGCGAAAACUGCGAUAUGAUUCCGACUCGUACACGGCCUUUUCUGGAGUCGUGCGCCGCUUUGCCAAGAGAAAGCAGCAGGCGAUUUCGGCUAUUUGGGGUCUACCCUACCCAACUGGCGGGACGGAUAAUGAAAAGUUUUCGUAUUUUGCCCGCUCAUUGAUUUGGGCCCAUGCGGCCGACUGCUGGGAACCAGGGAAUGCUACUCGACGGCGGCCUGGUUUUCCCUCGUGGAGUUGGGCUGGCUGGUGUGGUGAAGUAAGGUUCAGAUCAUACGAUGCUACACAUAAAUUUGAGCUCGAAAGCAGGACCUGCCGCCUUGAACUGGAGAACCCUUCUACAGGAGAGAUCAGAUCUUUGUCGUCCUUCGGUGAAGAUAUACACCAUGAGCACAGCCCAUAUAGGAUUUUGAAGUUGACAACUCUGGUUGUUCCACUAUCCUCGUUGACCUACAACCCGAAGGGCAGGUUGAAUAUGAAAGUUUGGAGACUGGGCGGCAAUGAAGCCAUACCGAAUCUUUCGGAAGGCGCCAUCUCAGACAUUUCUUUCUCGGAAAACAUGAAGGCCGCAAGGAUUGACCAGUGGCGUUGUGCCAUGUUGGCAUUUGGAUACGAGGGACUCCAUUUGUUGAUUCUUAGGAAGAAUGACUCUACUAAUAAUUGGGUGAGGACAGGGUUAAUCCGAGUUCGUGUUCAUGAUUAUGAUCUCUUCAUGGAGUCGGCGUGCAAGGGUUCAGAGGUAAUGAGGAUUGAAUGA